AAUCUGAUUAUUCUGUUAUAUUACAGUAGCAAUGCUUUUUUCGCCCCUCAACAAUUUUGAGUUGAACAACUAGUUAGUUGGAUUUUUUAUGAAUUGUAUUCUUUAUAGGCCAAUUGCACAAGAGCAGCAGGCCUUGAUUAUUCUUAUGAAUCACAGCAGAGCAUUCAAGAAACGGUAUGGCAUAGUCUCAUUGUUAAUAGAUGCACUUAUAGAUCAGCUGAACUCAAGAUCUCAGAACUUGGACGCCUAUUAUGCCUCUCAACAAAUUGUUUCGGGGAUGGGACAAUUGAACACAGUGGCCGCCAACCGUAUUGAAUUUUUCAGCAACCGUAACAUCCAGGGCCAAGGACAAUUGAACUCAAUCACUCAUAUCCAUGAUGCCCACUACAUCACUCCACAAGGGAUGAAUGGGAUGGUGGAGUUACAUUUCAGACAACAAACUAACCCAAAUUGUUUUGAUGUUCAAGAUGGCUUGCGAAAUGUGGAGCAGUCCUCUGAAGGAUCCUCACAGUUACUUGAGAUUGGAGCCAAACAACUCAAUUCAAGGAACCCUCUGCAAUAGUUAGGUUAACUGAUAGUGAGGUGUAGAUGGUCAUUUAUGUUCAGUGUCAUAUAUUUGAUAGAAGUCAAAUACUAACCCCUUUAUCUGAUGAGCAUAGAUUCAUCCCAUUCUGGCAUCGUAGGGCCUAAUGAAAAGUACCAACCCAUAUUUUAUUCUACUUUUGAUAGAAAGAGAAAUGUUACUAACAAGAGAGUUAUAGAAGAUGAAAUGUGACAUCUCCAAA